AUGACUGCUCUAAGAUUUUCUAAGUCAGCUUUCACGCCUCCCAAAGCAUCGAUUACUCAACCUGCAUGGAUGAAAGCCGAUGCAGGCAAAGGGCCCCUCCAGAUAGCUCAAGCAUGCAUUCAAAAAAUGCCACCGAUUACCUCCUUGUCAAUUAUCCACGAUAACGGCUGUGGUGAUGGCAAUGUCACGCGCAAUAUCCUAUCAGAUCUUAAGCCUUCUGAUUACCCCACGCGAAUUCAUGCCACUGAUAUCGCAUCGGGAUUGCUUUCUGUCCUCUAUGAUGACGUGGAGAAACAGAAAUGGCCGGUCACUACUGCAUUGAUGCCUGCGCAGGAACUAUCGUUCCCUGACAACACUUUCUCGCAUAGUAUCACAAACUGUGUGAUUCUGCGCCUCUCAGACACAGAUGCUAUCAAAGCAUGCAGUGAGGUUUAUCGAACGUUGAAAUCAGGUGGUGUGGGGGCUGUUAGUGGAUGGGCGGAUGUACCUCAUCGAGAAGCAAUGCUGAAAGCGCAUCUGGAGACUAGGCCGCAUGGUUCAGAAGCCCUUGUCGGGGGAGCCAUUCGCUGGUAUGGAGGAGGGGGAUUCGUGGAUGUGCAGAUGGUGAAGGUGAAAAGUGUGAGUGAAGUGGAAGAUCUGGGGGCUUUCAUAGAAUACAUGUGGAGCUUGUUAGGUAGGAUGGAAAGUGGGUGGAUUGAAAGUGAUGAGGCAAAUUGGGAUAGAGCGGUGCAGCUUUUUGGGGAUGAGAUAAGGAAACAACCCGGGGUAGAGCUGUUAGAAAAUGGGAAAGCGAGAUUGACUUCAUGGUGUUGGAUCGCGAUAGGAACGAAGUGA